AUGGCCCCUCCAAGCAACGGCUCCUCAACCUCUCGACUUACAAACUCCAUGCUCUUGGAGACUACGUCAAGUCGAUCUGGCAGUAUGGGACUACGGACAACUACUCUACACAAAUGGGCAAAUUUGAACAUCGCUGAGUCAAGCACUUUUAUGCACAGACCAACAAGAAUAAGACCCACUGCCGCAUUACUCGCUGGAGAUACACUACCAGAUGUCCUCGUCACAGAAACAUUACUGGGAUAUUUCUUCCUGCUUGGAAAGAACAGAAAUGACCAGGCCACAAAGAAUUUUCUUCCAUGUCUCAAAGAUCACCUGCUGGGUCACUUGUCAGGACUGGACUAUGACGGAGACGAGACUUCAUUUAUGCUUCGUGUGAACUACACUACCUAUGACUUGCGGCGUGCUCAGGACUCCCUCAAUCCCCGCACACAUGCAGACAUCAUGGUUCUUGCUCGUGACCAGGAAGACUCCCAUCCAUACUGGUAUGCUCGAGUUAUUGGAGUGUUUCACGUCAAUACCCGCUACAUGAGACCAGGUGCACAUCCCUCUAUAAAGCGCGUUGACUUUUUGUGGGUCCGCUGGUUUGCCCGUGACAUCACUGCACCAACAGUUGGGCCUGCAAAACGACUGGCCAUGUUCGUGGGUGUUCAACUUAUCCCAGCCUUCGAUAUCAAUGUACAACUGCUUCUGUUGGGACUGUCCAUUGCUCGUCAAGCAGCUGACAAGGAUGAGGAUUGGGACUGGUACUGCAUCAACAUGUUUGUUGACCAGAUAUGUUCAUGUGCUUUUGCGGAGGAGGUGUCGGGCACAAAAACCACACGGAGAGAGACAUCCUGCUUGCUUGACGAUCGGAUGACCUGGAUAACAGCCUUCAAAGGAGACGAGGAUAUGGAUGAGCAUGAGGAUGGAGACGAGGUGGGUGACAGCGAGGAGGAAGCAGAUGAUAGCGAGGAGACAGACAGCAUGGAUGACAAAGGACGGGGAUGA